GGAUGCCAUGGCAAUCGCGAGGCGGCGCUUGAGGAAAGGGCAGGGGAGAAGAAGGCGGCCGGGCCUCGGGGAUGCGGGCUAAGGCCAGCCGCCCAGUCAGGAGGAGCCCUGCGCCCUUGAAGGCGGGCGCUUCUUGAGGAACCGGCGGAGACGGGCCCAAGUGGGGGCGGGGAGUGCCACCUGCCCGCCCCGGCCGCUUGAGCUAGGAGAGACGGGCUUAGUGCGGAGGCCCUAGCAGCAGCAGCUGGUGGUGGUGGCAGUGUUGCCCUUCGGCGCCGGGGCCGUUGUGACCGUUGCGCGCGCCUCGCCUUCCCCUCCUCGCUCCCCCCUCCCCCCGCGGGGCUUGUGCGCGUGAGCCUCCGCACGCGCCGCUGCUAGGCUGUUGCUCGGCCGGUUCGCCCAGACCAGAGGCUGUUGCGCGCGCACGUCUUUCCUUUCCGAAGGCCCCACACCAUGCGGCUAUGCGGGGCGCUCCUCAAGAGCCCCAUCCCCAAACAGAUCGAGUACUACUCUCGCUUUUCCCCCUCGCCGCUCUCCAUCAAACAGUUCCUCGACUUCGGGCGUGAUAAUGCAUGUGAGAAAACAUCUUAUAUGUUCCUGAGAAAAGAACUUCCUGUACGACUUGCAAAUACCAUGAGGGAAGUAAAUUUGUUGCCUGACAACUUGCUGAAUAGACCUUCAGUUAAACUAGUUCAGAGCUGGUAUAUGCAGAGCUUUCUUGAACUUUUGGAAUAUGAAAACAAAAGUCCUGAAGAUCCCCAUGUUUUAGAUAACUUUUUAGAUAUCUUAAUUAAAGUCAGGAACAGACACAAUGAUGUUGUUCCUACCAUGGCUCAAGGAGUGAUUGAAUACAAGGAAAAGUAUGGCUUUGACCCCUUUGUAAGCAGUAACAUCCAGUAUUUUCUAGAUAGGUUCUACACCAACCGCAUCUCAUUUCGCAUGCUUAUUAAUCAGCACACACUGCUUUUUGGUGGAGUCACUAAUCCUGCUCAUCCCAAACAUAUUGGGAGUAUUGAUCCUACAUGUAAUGUGGCUGAUGUGGUAGAAGAUGCCUUUGCAACUGCUAAGAUGUUGUGUGAACAGUAUUAUCAGGCUGCACCUGAUUUGGAAAUUGAAGAAUUCAAUGCUAAAGCACCAGGCAAGCCUAUUCAAGUAGUCUAUGUGCCCUCACAUCUGUUUCAUAUGCUUUUUGAAUUGUUCAAGAACUCUAUGCGAGCUACAGUGGAGUUACAUGAAGGCAAAUGUGAAAGCUAUCCAUCAAUUAAAGCCUUAGUCACUUUGGGUAAAGAAGACCUUUCAAUAAAGAUAAGUGAUAAAGGUGGUGGUGUGCCUCUGAGGAAAAUAGACCGUCUUUUUAACUAUAUGUAUUCAACGGCACCCAGGCCUAGUUUGGAACCAUCAAGAGCUGUUCCUUUGGCUGGAUAUGGAUAUGGCCUGCCAAUCUCUCGUCUUUAUGCUAGAUAUUUUCAAGGUGAUCUCAAACUAUACUCAAUGGAAGGUGUGGGAACUGAUGCUGUAAUUUAUUUGAAGGCUCUUUCCAGUGAAUCAUUUGAAAGGUUACCCGUUUUUAAUAAGUCAGCCUGGCGACAUUACAAGACCACCCCAGAAGCUGAUGACUGGAGCAACCCGAGCAGUGAACCCAGGGAUGCAUCCAAAUAUAAAGCAAAUCGAUAACUCGCCAUUUUCUACUUUGGUGGGUGGCAUACAGACAGAAGUCUGCUUCGUUCCAAAACUCAAAAUCCCCUAAUUUAUCAUAGCCAAUUAUUUCCCUUAGAAAGAUCUUUUAUGGGACUGAAAUAGUGAGAAUAGAGGGGACAUUAUAAGACCGCCAUAUGCAUUUUUGGUGUGAAUUAUUGUAACUACUUUGCCAAAACAUGCUUGGUUAGUUGAAUCACACAUGACAAAAGCAGUUGCACUGUGAAUGCAGGAAGAAUAUACAAUUGUAUAGUAAAGGGGUACUAUUUUUUUGAUGGCCUAUUUCUCAUCCUAGGUAAAUAUCAACAAAACUGUUUUGACUCCUUUUUUGGCAGAAGUGUCUUACACAGCAAUAUAAUAUAAAAGACAAAUUUAGUGUAGUUGAAUAUGUGCUUGGAAAAUUCACAAUGCUGCAUUUUUAUAUUACACAGUGCAAUUCAUUACAUUAUAAACAAGCGAAACAUCCAGGAACCACUAUAGUAACUUUUCUUGAUCUUGUCAACAAUAUCUGUAUACAUACUUUGAAAAGUAUGUAUUCUUUGAAAAGAUCCUAAGGUUUAAAUGUUAAUUUCUUGAUUGUUUUCACAAUUCUAAAGGCUCUUUUCUUCAAUGUUUCCUCUGCUUACUUGGAAAAACACAGAGACUUUCACUUUACAGUAAUUACUUUUAAAAAGUUGAAUUAUGGUUUUGCAAUAUCUUCUAAACUAGAUUUAAUAAAAAUAAUAAUAAAUAAAUUCUGAUAAAGAAGAGAGUAGUAAUCUAGAUUUUGUAAUUUAUUACAAAUUGUCAUUGUUUUAGGAAACCACUGAAAAUAGGGGCAAGCACUGAUUUCAUUUGGAUUGGUAAUUUCAAAACCAAUUCAUAGUAAAAUGAUGAAAUAUUUCACUGUAGGAUCACACAAAUUGUUAAAUGAAUGAGUGUAAACAUCUGCAAGUUAGAAAUAUUUAAAUUAAAAAGAACUGUCCAAAGCAAUAUUUCUUCCAAGAGACUGAAAACAGAUUAGUUUUAGUCAACCACUUCCAUGUCAUGGCGUUAAAGAGAGCAUCUUUUGGGAAGCAGUUCAGGAAGAGGCCUGAUCCUCACAGGAUCAAGACUAGAAUGUGAGGUGAACAUCAAAAUCUAUUCCUUGAUGUCUCUGUAGUAUAUUUUUAUCUAUGUUAUUUUGACAAGAAGAGUCCAUGAACAAAAAAAAUAAUAUUUAGAUACAGUUGGGCCUGAUAGAUAAAGAAAAAAAACAUGAUUUAAAUUUUCAAAAAGACCCUUUAAAUGUUUGCAUAACUUUUUAUUCACAUGCAGGAAAAUGUCAAAUUAGUUGCAUCCUAAUUCCACUUGAUCUAUCUCUUGAAAAUCCCAUUCUUGAAAUCAGUUUGGUUUGCACAUCUUUUUGUCAGUGGCUUUAUUGCAUGAAAUUUCAGCCAGGUCUAUGAAUAUUUGUGGUGUUAGCAGCUCUUUGUUUUUGAGCAGUGAAUUCAACUUUUACAUUCAGAAAAAAAUGAAACAUCAUACAUGAAAUCUAUGUAUAUUUCUGAUGACUCAUGAUAUAAGUAGAAGAAACAGAUUUGGGAUGAUGGUUAGAUUUCAAAAAGGUCUGCAUAUAAGAACAGUGGAGCAGCUGUGAUCAACCUCUUGAACUCCUAGUCAACUGUGAAGAGCCUGUUUCUCUUAGUGGGGUGACGUAUAAUAGCUCUUGAAUCUAUUAGAUGAGAUUUUUCUUUAGUAAUAUGGUGGUCAUUUAUUUGUUUUUAAUUGGGAAGGGACAUGAAUGGAAAAAGGAGAUACAUUUACACUGUUUUCAUUCUGUUUCUUGGUAUGGGUUUCAUAAGGUUUGUACUGCCACAGUUUGAUGUCCAUAGGAUGUAGUUCAAACCAUACCACCUUGCCUAACUAUGGUAUUAUAAAUCAGUUUCAUAGUUGUAACUUUCUGACUAUAAAUCCCAGUGUGUCUUUGAUAUAGAUUUUAUUGUGUGGAACAUCUCUGAUCAUAUUUUCUGCAAAGCAGUUUGUAGCCAACCUAGGCAGGGGAUGAUGUUCUCUGUCUUUUCUUUUACUGAUUAUGAAAAACCUAUAUUGGAAACUUGUAGCUUAGAGCAAAAGAACAACAGGAAUAAAGGCCAUUUAAAGAUUUCACCUCUGCUGUUUGAUAAAAAAAAAUACCUCCCCCAUUUACUUUUCACCUCACUCCUUAUUGUUUCCUUCAAGGCAAAAAUAUAUGUUUGGCAGAUGGCCAGUCAGAGAAGAAGGAUGUCUCUCUUGCUUUCCCAUGGUUGGUUUAUAUAUUUUUUAAAAGAUAACACUCCUUUUAUUUAUUUUUAAUUACUUGAUUUCAAAGGGACGUCAAGAGUAACAUUCUUAUCUUGCUCUUGUACAUCUUUCCAAAAGGGUCAGGUAAUUUUCAAACCAUAAACUGUUAAUAAUACUGUAAUACUUAACAUAUACAUACCACACUUUUAAGUAAUCAUUUUCCCAUUUAGUUCAGUACACAUUGUGACAAUGUUGUCACAGUAACUUAAGCCAUAGUUUGCACCAUUCUUGUUACCACUUUGUCCUUAUCCCUGGCAAGCUAGACAGAGCUAUAUGAAAGUGGUAAUUAGGAAGCAAACCAUUUCUAUAAAAUCUGUAAAUAAUACACAUUCAUCAUUUAUUGCCCUUGGAUCCCAUAUGAUUGGAUCAUUCUUAUUCUCGUGUUGUUGGAUAGACAUUUGCAAAAGGUGGUGCCUGAAGCCCAUGUUGGUCUGCAAGACCUCUCUGUUUGUCCUAUCAAUGCUCAGUCCUCUUCAAAGAGAAUGCUAGCAUCUGACUCCAUGCCCUGGUAUACUGCUGUUGAUGCAGAUAGGACUGGGUCAUUAGUUCUGUUAAUCAGCACAGAGAUAAGAAAUAAAGCAUAUUUGAGGAUGUAAUUAUUCUCAAAUAUGAUCAAAAAUAGAAAAGCAGAAAAAUAGUUUCAUUUGAUCAACUGCAAGUGCAAAAAUGAAGCUCUUUGGUAUUUUUACACUUCUAAUUUUGAUUUAAGGGUUACUAAAGAGCAAAAGGCAAAGGCACACUAAUUUUUAAAGGUUUUUUUAAAGAAACGUGUUCUUUGACACCAUUUGCAUGGAUAUACUAUCUCCUGAGUUAUUUGUGAAAUAGCAAAGAAGAAUUUGGUAGCCACUUCGAAAUGAAGCCUAGCCUCAGGUGUGUAAAAUGUAAUGCCACUGGAAUAUAUACUUACAAAUAACUCAUGACAACUCAUUAUGGUUACUUUUAAUACGGAAGAUAAAUAUUGUGGGCAUUUUAUUGCUCGUAGCAGAAUGAUUAAGACUGCCUUAAACCUGAAAGUGUAUUCCUACAGUUAGUUGAGCAAUAAACUGGGUUUUCUCCUCCAGUUUCUUCACUCAUCACAGUAUGCAGUUCCCUUUAGGAUGCCUGUUUUGUUUUGUUUUUUAAUCUUUUGUAUUUAAUGCAUGCCAUUUGCUUUAAAAAUUUAAAAUCGAAUAUAGUGUUCUUGAAAUGUAUUGAGUCGUCACUGUGUUCCCACAGAAGAAUGAGAUGAGUUAACAUUGAAUAGCCUCAGUUUCAGCAGUAAUCUCAGAGGCCAAUCCUUGCCUUUUGGAGUAAGUAUUCCUCCUUCCUCCUGCCACUACCAGAUUUGCAAUGGGGAUUGGAGAUUUCUUCCUCUUAUUUGGCUGUGAAGAGCUUGUUUGUAUUCAUGCAAGAUUACUGGGCCACUCAUUCAAUACCAGUGCUAGAAAUUGAAUGUUACAGUAUAUCUCCACCUUCCUCCUAAAGCGACAGGGAAGGAUGAAGACAGUUGAGUUCUUCUAGAAUUCCUUUCAGCCCCAAAUUAGACUAGGGUUAUUUGUAGGGGCAUAAAGUUAUCUAUCUCUGCCUACAGUCCUUUCUCCCCAACUGUGGCCCUCUGAGUCCAUUCAUUGCACAAAAAUUGCCCAUACUCUGUUCUGUUUCUCAUAUGUCCUUUUCUGGGAGGCUUUUCAGGGGCAGAUACAGAUUUGGGUGCACCAUGCAGUUCCUUUGCUGAAUUUAAGGAUUUGUUAUCAAAAUCCUGAGCAAAGCUUUUACUGAAGGGUGGUAAAUCAAAUAUACCUGGCAGCAAGUAUGCUUGCUUCAGUGUAACUGAAACAAAUAUUUUCUGCAUGGGAGAGAAUGCCUGCCCCAAAACAUCAGGAUGUUAAGGGUUUUCUUUAUAAGGCAACUAUCAAACUCAGUUCCAAAGAGGAGCAGUCUGCUACAGGAUUCCCACAAAUCCAUGGUGUCAGUCAGCAGUAUUAUUUUGAUUCUUCUGCAUAGAGAGUGGCAAUUUUAGUGCCAAACUUUGGCUGGGAGAAGGGAAGCUGACAUCAACAGAUGCUAUCCUUCUAGAAACAUCAUGCCCUGCCCCAUAUGAUUUAAGAGCGGAGGACCUCAAGGUAUCUCAGAGCUCUUUGCAUCACUGCCUUCUCAGUUGAAAUGUUGCCAAGUGUUUGAUUAUAGGUUGUCUAUUCCAAUAGCUAGGACUUUUAUGAAUAACCACUGAAUUCUGGAGUAAGCCUAUCAACCUAAGGGGACAUUUGUAUAAUUUCCUUGUAAAGUCAGUUGAGCAUUGCUACAUACAAUAUCCAUUUAAAUUUUUAGUAAAAGUGUUCUAGUUUUAUUAAAACCAGACUCAGAAAACAAUUUGCUGCAUAGUCAUUCGGACAGGAUGGUUUGGAAACCUGGUAGCAGUGGCAUAAUAUGAAUAAAAGCGUAGCAGUUGCAUAUACACUGCUUGCAAACAGCCCUAGAUUCAGUCCUUGGCAUUUUCCAUUUACGGUAUCACAGGUAGAGUAGGGAAAAAAUCCUCAGCUUCUGUGGUCAUGACAAACGAGUGCUGAUUGGAGUAGAUAAUACUGAGCUAGAUGGACCAAUGUUCUGACUUUGUACAAGGGAAGUUCACGUGAACUUAUGUGGAACGAAUACAAAUGAGAACAGAAUUGACUUUUUAAGGUGUUCCAAACAGAUUAAGUUCUUAGUAUCUUCCUGUAAAAUGUGUUAGAAUUGCAAUUCUAUCCUUAUUAUUAUUUUGAUGUAAUCACUGCUUACCUGUUUUCUCUUUUCACUGUGCAAUAAAAAAAAAACCCUGAGGAUAUCAUCAGUCA